UGUUCAGUUCGUUGCCAAGAAAUCAGUAACGAUAAAAAGCAGCUCGCAAGCAAAUUCAAAAAAUCAAAAGCAAGCAUUGGCAGUUUCUAGCUUUUGGCUAGAAAGUUGGCAUUAUGUUGAACACGUUCAGUUCGGUUAGGCAAUAUCUCAAGUUUGACUUAUCGCGUGUGAUUAUCGAUAAUAUUGUGUUCAAGCUGCACUAUCGAUGGACUUUUGUGCUGCUGCUGGUGGCAACCCUGCUGAUCACAUCCCGUCAAUACAUUGGCGAACACAUACAGUGCAUAUCCGAUAGUGUGGUCGCCCCAGUGAUAAACACCUUCUGCUUCUUUACGCCCACGUUUACAGUGGUGCGUCACAUGAACAACUCGGCGCUAAGGAAUGGCGCCAUUUUUCAACCGGGCAUUGGACCCUACAAUCGCAACGAGGAUGAGAUCAAACGACACGCCUACUACCAGUGGGUGCCCUUCGUCCUGUUCGGUCAGUCGCUGUGCUUCUAUCUGCCGCACAUUGCCUGGAAGAAGUGGGAGGGUGGACGCAUUAAGGCACUGGUCUAUGGUCUGCGCAUGGUGGGCCUGACCAAAUAUCUGAAGCAUGACAGCAUGAGAAUUGGCAAACUGAAUAUACCAUCCAUGGCAGAGACGGAGGAGCGUGUGAUUAACAUUCGGAGGACAAUGAUUGAUCGGAUGCGCUUGAAUCAGUCGUGGGGCGCACAUCUUGUCUUUGCCGAGGUGCUCAAUUUGAUCAAUCUAUGCAUUCAGAUCUAUUGGACGAAUCGCUUUCUGGGCCACCAGUUUCUCACGUUGGGCAUUAAAGUACUGCGGGAGCGUUGGGUCGAUCAAAUGGAUGCACUCGAUGUCGUCUUUCCCAAGGUUACCAAGUGCACCUUCUACAAAUAUGGUGCAGCCGGUUCGCUGCAGAACCACGACACACUCUGUGUGAUGGCUCUGAAUAUUAUGAAUGAGAAGAUUUUCACCAUACUCUGGUUCUGGUAUAGCUUUCUGAUGAUCAUGACCAUAUUGGGUCUUCUCUGGCGCCUGCUUACGCUCUUCUUCUACAAAAAGGUAACCUUUACGAAAUGGGCGCUGUACUGGGCCAAGCCUGGCAAACUGGAUGAAUCGGAUGUGAAGUCUGUUAUUGAGAAGUGUAACUUCUCCAAUUGGGUAUUCCUGUUCUUCCUGCGCACCAACCUAUCGGAGUUCCUGUUCCAGAAGGUCAUUUACCAUCUGGCCAGCGAGUUUCCCAACGAUGCGAUACACGAUAACGAUAUCAAUGACUAUCGAGCACGCUCAGCAGUUACGGCCAGUCCGGGCAAGUAUCCACAGCUUGAUCGACUGGACACGGUGGAUGCACCCCUUUUGCAUCAUCGAGCGGCAGCAGGUGCCACUGUGGCACCCACAGCACCAGAAUCAUCGAAAGAUUCAGCCACGCAGCUUGUUUGACGGCGUUUAUUUAUGUAGCUUGUUUAAUAAUUAAUUUUAGUCAUUAAAUGUUGUUGUGUUUGUUUUGUUUUUUUAGUAACUUUUUGUUUUGUUUAAAUAUAUUUAUUGCUA